AUGGCUAACGAACUGAAAACAUUACGCUGGAUACUUUUUUCAGGUUGUUUUUGUAUACUAAUCUUCAAAAGUAUCAAAUUAUACGAAAGGACGAAAGAAAUUCCUUUCAACGAAACACCGGAUACGAAAUGGACAAUUCUGGUGACAGUUAACGAUGGAUAUUUUGACUUUUUUCAAAACUGGCUUCAUUUCUACAGAAAGCUGCAUCUCACCUAUAGCGUGAUAGCCAUAGCGGAAGACGAUACUGUCCUCUUUAAACUACAACAACUUGGUGGGAACUUACUAACACUUGUAAGAAGCGGGCGGAAUUCUUUGAGUGAGGCUGUAAUGUAUGGAAGUAAAGCGUUUAGCGAGCUGGCAUCUGGACGCCCAACCUAUAUUCUUAAAUACCUUCAGAAUGGAGUAAAUAUUGUGUACGCAGAUUUAGAUGCUGUUUGGUUACGGAAUCCCUUUCCUUAUUUCAACGGAAGCUUUGACAUGUGGAUGCAGUCUGACGGACCUAAGAAUUUAUGUACAGGACUGAUGGCUAUUAAAAGCAACAAUGAAACUAUAAGACUUAUGCAGAAUUGGCAAGCUUCAUUGAAUAAACACCUUCAGAUUGACCAAACCGCAUUCAAUGAGGUGGUAAAAUAUUCACAGGUUCGCUUAAAAAUUCUAGACACGAAUCUUUUCCCUUCAGGAAAAUUGUACUUUGAAAAUUUCAAAGACGAACAACGAAGCAAAGUAACAAUUGUUCAUAAUAAUUUCAUUAAAGGUCAUCCAGCAAAGCUACAACGUUUCAAACAAUAUAAACUUUGGUUCUCUCAGUAG